GCGCCUGCGCACGCGCCUCAGGACACAUAAGCGGAAGUGGCGCGCCGGCGCCGGCUCUGCGAACACCUUCUGGCGGGGCCCACUGCGGCUGCGGAAAGUGCGGGAGGAAGAGAGGAGGAAGAGGCAGAGGAAGAGGAGGUGAUGGCGACGAACCUGGGGAGGGGGAGACGCUCGGUCUGGCUGAGGUGCUACCCGAGUUAGAGUCACCCUUUCAGAACUUGGCCGAGCAAGAAGCAGAAGAAAGACUGAAUGAAAAAGAGGAAACCAAUAAAGAGAAUUCCAGAAGCACUGAAUGCAGCAAAAUAAGAACAAUGGACCUCAAGUUCAACAACUCCAGGAAAUACAUCUCUAUCAGUGUGCCAUCCAAAACCCAAACAAUGUCGCCACACAUCAAGUCAGUUGAUGACAUUGUAGUACUUGGCAUAAAUCUCAGCAAAUUUAGCAAACUUACUCAAUUUUUCAUAUGCGUUGCUGGAGUUUUUGUAUUUUACCUAAUUUAUGGAUAUUUACAGGAACUAAUAUUUUCAAUGGAGGGCUUUAAGCCUUAUGGCUGGUACCUUACUUUAAUGCAGUUUGCAUUUUACUCCAUAUUUGGCUUAAUAGAACUUCAGCUUAUUCAGGACAAAAGGAGAAGAAUACCAGGAAAAACCUACAUGAUAAUAGCUUUUCUAACUGUGGGUACUAUGGGGCUAUCAAACACUUCCUUGGGCUACCUGAAUUACCCUACCCAAGUCAUCUUCAAGUGCUGCAAACUGAUUCCUGUUAUGGUAGGAGGAGUUUUUAUCCAAGGAAAAAGGUACAACAUUGUAGACGUGUGUGCUGCGACAUGUAUGAGCCUGGGCCUGAUCUGGUUCACUCUUGCCGACAGCACAGUUGUACCAAACUUCGACCUGACAGGUGUGAUGCUCAUUUCCCUGGCACUAUGUGCAGAUGCUGUCAUUGGAAAUGUACAAGAGAAAGCCAUGAAACUUCAUAAUGCUUCUAAUUCUGAAAUGGUUUUGUACUCAUACUCAAUCGGUUUUGUAUACAUUUUAUUGGGAUUGACAAGCACUAGUGGAUUAGGCCCUGCAGUGACAUUUUGUUCAAAGAAUCCAAUUCGGACCUAUGGCUAUGCAUUCCUUUUUUCCCUCACUGGGUACUUUGGAAUCUCUUUUGUUCUGGCACUGAUUAAGAUUUUUGGUGCACUUCUUGCUGUAACAGUGACAACAGGAAGAAAAGCAAUGACCAUUAUACUUUCAUUUAUAUUCUUUGCUAAGCCCUUCACAGUUCAGUAUGUGUGGUCUGGCUUAUUAGUUGUCCUUGGCAUAUUUCUCAACGUGUACAGCAAGAAUAUGGACAAAAUAAGACUGCCGUCAGUGUAUGAUCUGAUAAAAAAGGCAGUGGAAAUGAGAAAGACAAGGACGUUGGCACAGACGGUAUAAGUACUGAUUUGUCCUGUUAAAAAAUUGUAAGGGAAAAAUCAGUAAUGAACUUUUCAAAAGAGUGUGUCCCAAACCAAAGGAUCCGAAGGCAUGCUAUCCAUUGUGGAUGGGUCAUGUGUGAAGUGGUUUUGUGGCCUCAGCCUUUCUUCAAAGCACUUGUUUUACUCUUUGACUUCUCAAAGAAUCAGAAGCUGCAGCUAGCACAGCUUAUGGUAAAAUGUCACUGUGAAGGGUUAUCCUAGCAGCUUCCUGAGAAUUUCACUGGCAGCGGACCAUGUUGCAAGGCCAGCUGGAUAUCAUUAUGACACAUCAAAGACGUUGACAUCUAAUAACACAUUGUUUUGUCGUCAUUUCUUUUUGCUGGUGUUACUUGAAUUGAUUCUCUGUUAUAAGAGUAAGUUGAUGAUUUAAGUCCAGGGAGAGUAAUACUCAUUAUAAAUAAAACUAUCCUGUGAUAUUUUUAA